AUGGUUUGCGCAAGCUUCAAAAAUGCGGUUGUCUUGUUCGUGAUGUUCAAACUCGCUUUGCUCUCUGUCGCUCAGAGCUUGCCACCGAUUCCUCCACCUGAAUCUGUAGGAACAACUCUGCAUUUGUCAAGUGGAUCCACGAAAUCUCCAACUAUCAAAUCAUCUAGAACAUUAAUCACCAGUCUGGUAGUUAUUACGGGUGGAUUCGAGCUCACUGUCACCCUCACAAUUGUGGCUCCUGCACCAACCUCCACCGUCUCUUACACUUCGACUUCAACUUCUACCUCUAUUAUGACAUUCAUCUCGACUCCUAGCCCUAUUACAACCUCAAAACCCACCACCGUCACUGCCGCUUCGUCUUCCGCUUCCGUUUCAAAUUUGGUUCCUAUUACUGGCUCUAGCUCAACUUCCACUUCCACCACCGGUACACAGACUAAGAGCAACUCCAGCACCGCAAGCCCAACUCAGAGCUUGGGACUGAAAAGCAUGGAUACAGAUUCCUUCUUGAUAUUUGUUACAAUUGUUCUGGGCUUGCUUGUCAUUCUGGAAUCCUUCAUUUAA